AUGGUCAGCUGGCACAAGGAGAACAUUGAGAGGCUAAUUGCAGCGCUACUCCUUGCACACCCAGAGUUAAACCUGAACUAUCGCAAAAUGGCCGUUUACUUCGGUCAAGACGCAUCUUAUGAUAGCAUUCACAACCAAUUCCGAAGAUUUCGACGUACCGCAGACGAGAUGCAAGGUGCCCUAGGUCAAGCCGCCCCGUCAACCCCCAUCCGUCGGAGGAACGCAACCCCAUCGACCCCCCGUAGCGGCAGGGGGGCUAUAGUUAAACCUACCUCCGCGCAAAAGGCAUCAAAUUACAACAAAUUCAAUAUUGAAACACCCACUAGGAAGGCGGGUUUGAAUGUGGAUGGCAACAUACACGACCCCAUAAUCCUUGACGACGACGACGAUGAAGAUAAUGUUACUACUCCAAUCAUUAAACACGAAAAGAGGGAGGUCAAACAUGAUAUUACUCCUGUUAAAGAGGAAGCGAAGCCGGAAGAAAUCAUCUCGAUGAACGAUAUGUUUUCAGCUGCUGGCUCUGCUGAAAUUCAAGCUCCUCAGCACUCUCAGCACGAGUCUACUGCCCCUAGCGAGAAUGCUCCUCAGCCAUCAGAUCCACCAAGUCAAGCACCAGGCCAAGGCCUUUACUCCAUGCCCUUCCCUAGUAACCGCCGCUUAUUCUUCGAGGACGACGAAGAAGAAAUAAUCGUUUGA